AUGGGCAAAAAGCUUGUGACUGCCCAUGCGUACAUUGUCGAAGCGAUCAAUCACGCCAUCAACAUCGGUGUCCGGAGCAUUGAGCACGGCAAUUUGCUCGAUAAAUCCACCGCCAAGCUUGUGCCUGACCCGACGCUGAGCUAUUAUGGCAUCAUGGUUCGAAAACCUUUCGAAACUUUCUUUGAAGAGGGUCGAGAUAAGAGCGCCCAAGUGAUGCAAAAGGGUCUGAACGCCCUUAAGUUCGCCGAGGACGCUGAUGUGGUCUGA